CAAACUUCUGUUCAAAAUGGAUGCUUGUAUCUUAUUAUUUACAUUUAAAAAUGUCCUUGAAAGUAUAAUUACCAUUGUUGUAACAGCAAGUAGAUGUAGUUGAUUGUGAUGAAAUAAGACUUUCUUAGGUACUGAAACCUACUAGAACUAAACCGCCUUCCACCGCCUUAUUACCAAAACAAAGCCAUGUGUGCAGAAAAAACAGUCGUGGUUGACGGUUUUACAGUGUUGCAAACAAAGUUUCAAGAAUCUAGCAAACCAGGACAUAGUUUGUAUGUGAAGGAACUCCAGAAAAGGGCCGGAACUACAAGGCCUAAAGACAGGACGCUGUUUGUUGUGAAUGUGCCUCCAUAUUGCACCCAGGAGAGUGUGAAGAGAGUUUUCUCAGAUUUUGGGGAAGUAAUAAAAGUUUGCCUGUACAACAAGCCUCGUAAUGAAGACGCACAACCAAACCUGUCCAAGUACUUCCAGGACGCACCAGAAGUCAAGGGAUUUAAAGUUGCUUACAUUGUAUUCAAGAAGGCUUCAUCAAUCCAGAAGGUCAAAUCUCAUCCCUAUGACAACAUCUUGAAUCUCUCUCCUGAAGAUGCCCCAAUUAUCACUGGAAUUAAUAAAUGGCAGAUGGAUUACGAAAACAACGUGUGUAACACACAAAAACUACAGACAGAAAUCGACAAGUUCAUGGAGGCGUACGAUGAGGAACAGGAAAGGGAGAAGAAUUUGGCCCUGGAACAGGAGGGCAUGCCUGAUGAAGAGGGCUGGGUCAAAGUGACGCGGCAUGGCAAAAAUAAGGGGGCGCCACGAACGGAAACCAUGGAGAGAAAGGUCACAGCCAAGGACAAACGGAAACAGACAGAAAAGGAACUGAGGAAUUUUUAUGCCUUCCAGAUGAGAGAGUCUAAAAGAGAUAGUAUUGCUGAACUGCGCAAAAAGUUUGAAGAAGAUAAACAGAGAAUUUCCUUAAUGAAGGCAUCAAGAAAAUUUCGUCCUUAUUAAAAACAUAUUCAUUUCA